GGCAAGAAACCAAAGAGUAAGAUGUCAGUCGAUGAACAGUCUUCGAACCGUGAACAUCGAACUUUAGAAUCAAGUGUCAUGCCCGGUGUCAGCUACGAAAAUUUGGAGUUUAGUCAAACCGUCAGUUCACCGGAUGAAGCCAUGACACUCGCGGACUUCGUGCAUGAUGGACCGAGAAAACAAGACAGUGUGCGUGGAUCUAUCGAAGAAUCGGCAUAUCCAGUGUCGCCAGCUAGUGUCGAUUCAGCUGCCUCUUCAAGCAGUUGGAAUGGAUUCAAUGGCUUUCGAAACAAUCAAAGUCUGUACAACACUACUCAGGGAAAUUAUACAUGGUCACCCGAGCAACCAAUGGGGCAGUUGUCCAUUGCCGAUCUUCAACAGCAACAGCAAAUACAAAUUCACCAGCAACGUCUGUUACAACAGCAACAACAGUUGCAACAGCAGCAACAAUUUCAACAGCAGCAACCGCAAGCACAUCCCCAAUUGACACAGCAGCCAGAGUUGAGACAGCUGCAACAACAGCAGCUACAGUCGCAACAGCAACAACCUGAACUACAGAAUAUCCAACAGCAACUUCAGCAACCGCAACAGCAACCUGAGCUGCAACGGCUUCAUCAGCAAUUACAAACACAGCAACAUCAAUCUGAACAACAACAACGCCAACGACAAUCUACCACGGCUGGCCCGUCGACAACUCAAGGACGAAAGCAGACAAACGGAAAACGAUCAAGAACUGCAUAUUCGAGUGCCCAGUUGGUAGAGCUGGAAAAGGAAUUUCAUUGCGGCCGUUACCUGUGCCGACCACGCCGCAUAGAGAUGGCAGCCACACUCUGUCUCAGUGAACGACAAAUAAAAAUCUGGUUUCAAAAUCGCCGCAUGAAGUACAAGAAGGAGCAAAACUCGAAAUUACUUGGUAGCCCAACAAAGUCACCGAUAAAGAGUGGCAACAGUUCGCCAGCCAGCCCUAGAGAAGUGGCCGCGAGUAUCAGCAGCAGGAACAGCAGUCCGCCGAUCACCUGGCCUGUCCACGGCGGAAGUCGUCAGCAACAAAAUUCAGCGAGUCCCUCGAUUUCCUUCACUUUUCCAAGUGCGGCCAAUCACACCAUCACGUCACCCGUGAACCAUGACUAUAGACUCCUGGACAAUCUCCAAUACCGCGAAGAAGUAGCACGGUAUCAGUAUGCAGCCGCGACCAUAAGUCCCGUUCAAUUCCCUGAACACUAUCAGCAACAACCUGAGGAACGUCAAAGCUACGUGCAACAUCAGCAACAGCAACACUCUUCCUACAUGCACUUGGACCAGCCAAACGAAUACAGACAACAUUUACAACACGAUCGCCCUGCUUACGUACCGCCGUCUCUAUGGUCUCAUCACGAAGAUGAAUACCUUCAGAACAAUUGCAAUGCCCAGUAUCCAGCUUGCACCUACGGACAAGAUCAAGUGAACCAGUGGACUAGAGGACUCAUCAACGCCUAACACGUGCUACUGUAACCAUUGGGAUUUACAGUUACAGGACAUGCGCUGCGGUUUUAUGGUUAACAAACUGAGAUAUCACCAUGGGGGUUCAACAAUGUCGAUAUACGUGCAGCUCGACGUUUCAAAGGAUUGUUCAUCCAUCAAUAUAACUAUAUAGAUAACACGUACCAAUAGUGAUAGCGCCUUUUAUACUUAAUCGUUGCAAUGGACUAUGCCGAUAUUAUGACAUUUUAAGUAAUUGUAUCAACAUUGAAUUUUAUUUAGAUCUUAAUGCUUUUUAACGUUUUCUUAGAAAUACUUGAAAGUAAGGGCAGAAAGAAUUAGCAUUUGCUUUUACUUUUUUUUUUUGUAUAGUUACAUACUUAUGGCGAGAUGAUAAUUAACUAGUCCUUUUUGAAAUCAUUUGAACAAGCCAUUGGCAAAAAAGCCUUUCUGCCAUGUAGAGUCAAUUAUUACCAAAUGAUUGUUUUUUUUCCAUGCAAUAAUUGUCACAAGGUCCACUGCAUUAGUUUUAGUUAUAAGUUAGUAUGUAAAAAAUUUAAAAAAAGAGUUUUUAGGACCAACGCAUCACUGAGCUUGGACCAUUAAAAUUUGUACAUAAUGAGUUCAAGUGGUGCGUUAGCGGUACUGAGCAACUCUCUAUGUAUAGAAAUAACGAAAAUCUCCUUUUUCGUUUAAAUUGUACGAUACACUGAGAAAAUCAAGAUAUUGCCUGCGAAUUUAUCUAAUGAAAUAAUUUUUGAUUGAGCACUCCUUUUUUUAGCAAUUACUAUCAAGGGAUGCUCUAUCCUUUACUUUUAAACUGUAUAGGUCAAGGCAGAUUAACUACCAUGCGCGAAACUAAUUUUUGCCUUUAAAACUCAUGUAUCUUUUAUCGUUGUAAGCUUUAACAAUAGUCUUUAGUGGGUUGGUACCUACAUAAAGAUAAUAUAUUUUGCAUAAGGGUAAAAAGAGACUGUACUAUAAAUUUUAACAUGUACAGCACGUCCCACUGGGUAAGUAUUUUAGUAUCACCUAAAGCAUGUAUAAAUAUUUGUAUAAAAAUUGUAUGGCAUUACCCCCCAUAGCCGCAUGUGUUUCAUAGAUCGCAUAAGACAAUUAAAAAAGAAUAAUU